GCAUAUUCAGUUCGGAGGAGCAGGUUCAUUAGCAAAUAUGUGGGUUUGUGAUUCUGCAGCGUCGAAAUCCAGUUCCCCACUAGAAGAUAUGCUCCUGCUUGUGCUGAUAUGAUGGUGAAGCAAUUGAAGAAGGGGACACUGAUGAUGAUGCUAAUGUUGUUGAUUUUAAGAUUGCUUCUAAUGGUGGAAGGCAACAGGAAAAGGAGUGGGAGAGAAGGCCUCCUGUGGAGCUAAAAAGUCUCACUGCUCCAACUAAUCUGGGAUCAAAGCAAGAAACAAGACAAGCAGGGGAAAGUGCCCUCAAAGAGAAAGUAUAGAAGAAUCUUUCCUUGGAUCGCCAGCACUCUGCAAGUAGCAGAAUCAGGAAACCCUUUCAUGGAGAGACAUCAAACUCAUAGCAACUUUGAACACUGAACACUCAGAAAGACAAUCUGGGAAAGCGAGGCAUCUUAUCAUUCUUAGAAAGAGUUGACUUGGGCAAAAGUUUCUGCUUCUUCCUAGCCGUCAUUCUUCACAAUUGGUUACAUUCUUUCUUUUGGUUGGACAAUACUUCUAAUUCAUGUUCAUCUACAAUUUUUAAUGGGAAAUCCAAACUCCAAAGUAGGCUAUUUGCCUCCGGAUUUCCACCUUUCUUUGCUAGCUAGGAUGCAGUUUGAAACAGCUUUUGUAAAUAACCUCCUUUAGGAAUAUACAACAGAUUUCAGAGACAAAAAGAGUGAUAAUAUACAUGAUCUAUGUUCAAUCUCACUUGCAUGAUUUUCAACCAUCUUUUAUCAUGUUGGGCCUUUUUCAAUGGAGCUAGCAGAGCCUAUCAUGGAAUUGGUGAAGUGUUUGGGGAGGUCAACCUGCAUCUAUCUAGGUUAUCACUUAAAUUUUGAUGAAGCUGUGAGUGAUUUGAGAAGAGAAUUGCAAGUUCUAAUCUCUCGAAAAGAAGAUGUAAAUUUAAGCAUUCAGUCUGAGGUUGCUUGGGGAAAAGAAGUAAAACAUGAAGUGCAAGGCUGGCUUAAACUUGUACAAGAAACCAAUAAUGAAGUGCAAGCCAUUCAAGAAAAGAUUCAGAAAGUUAAGUGGUACUCAAAGGGUCGUCUUGAAAAACUUGUUUGUAAGAAAAUUGAGGUGGUGAAGAGAAUCUAUGAACAAGGUCGUUUUCCUGAUGGUCUCACAAUGACAAUUGACAGACCUCCACGAGGAAUCAAAUUGCCAACUGAGAAUGUUGUGGGUGAAGAUUAUGCAAAAGAAAAAAUUUGGGGAUAUUUGAUGGGCAAUGAGGUUAGAAAGAUUGGAGUUUGCGGGGUUGGUGGGGUUGGGAAGACUACCAUCAUGAAGCAUAUUAAUGAUGAAUUGUUGAGAGUAACUGAUUUUGAUAGGGUGAUUUGGGUCACUGUGUCCUACCCACUCAAUGUUAUCAAAUUACAAGAAAAUAUUGCUUGCGCUAUGGAUCAUAGAUUGAGACUCCCAGAAGGUGAGGAUAAAGUGAGGCGGGCAGCUACUUUGAUAAGCAUUAUGGAAGGAGUAGGAAGAUACGUGCUUAUCCUAGAUGAUGUCUGGGAAGUGUUUUCUCUGAUUGAAGUGGGAAUUCUAGAAACAACUAUUCAGAAUGGAAGCAAAAUAGUCAUCACUAGUAGAUCCAUUGAUGUGUGCCAAAAAAUGGGCUGUGAGAUAGUCAAAGUGGAGCCUCUUUCAUUUCAGGAGUCUCUUAACUUAUUCUUAGAUAAAGUUGGGCAUCAUGUUUUGCAAGUACCAAAUUUAGAAAGAAUCUUGAAGCUCAUCGUGGAGGAGUGUGGUGGCUUACCGUUGGCCAUUAUUGUGAUAGCAGAGAGUAUGAGUGGAGAAGAUGAUGUUGAAGUGUGGAAGAAUGCCUUAAACGAAUUACAAGAACGGGUAAAGAGUGUGACUGGUUCAGAUCAAAAGAUAUUUAAGAGGUUAAGGUUUAGUUAUGAUCGUUUGAAUAAUUUUGAAAUCCAAAAUUGUUUUCUUUAUUGCUCCUUGUUUCCUGAAGAUUAUCCAUUUUUGAGAGAAGAGUUGAUAGAAGGGUGGAUUGAUGAAGGAUUAAUUGAUAGGUGGCCUACUAGAGAAGCAACUUAUGCUAAGGGCCUUACCAUUUUAAAAAUGCUUGUAAAGAAUUGCUUGUUAGAGAAAACUGUUAAUCAGCUUGGUGAUGAUGUUUUUAAGAUGCAUGAUGUAGUGAGAGACAUGGCUAUCAAAAGCAUUGGUCCUGAAUUUGGAUAUAUGGUAAAAGCUGGUGUGAAAUUGGCAGAGGUACCAACUGAGCAUGAGUGGAGAAAUGAUCUUAAGAAGGUGUCUCUAAUGGAGAAUAACAUAUCAAAAAUUUCCCUUGAGUUAUCUCCAAUGUGUCCAACUCUUUCAACUUUGAUGUUAUCAAAUAAUUAUAAUUUGUCAGAGAUCCCAGAAUCCUUAUUUGAAUGUAUGCCUGAAUUAAAGGUUCUUGAUCUUUCUAAAACUGGUAUUGAAGCUUUACCUAAUUCCAUCUCAAACUUGGAGAAGCUCUCUUCCAUGAGGUUAGCGUGGUGUGACAGGUUAAGGUAUUUGCCUUCUUUAGCAAAGCUUACAGCAUUAAAGAAGUUGGAUCUGUUUGGAUCCAGGAUUGAGGUGGUCCCUCAAGGCAUGGAGAAAUUGAUUAGUCUGGAAUAUCUUGAUUUAAGUUAUUGUUUCGAUCUAGAAGAGAUUCCAAAUGGAAUGUUAUCAAACCUUUCUAAUCUCCAAUGCUUGUUAGUUUAUAAAGAUUUGAAGAUAAAAGGAGAAGAGGUUGCGAGAUUAAGCAAGUUGGAGAAGUUUGAAGGUGCAUUCAAUGAAAUAGAAGGCUACAAUUAUUUUGUCAAGUCUCAAGAUUUCCAAAUUCUUACUGAUUACUAUAUUGGAGUAGGACUUACUGAUUACAAUAUUGGAGUACCGCCACGAGUCGAUGUGGGGUUGACUGGCCAAAAGAAAGCUGUGGUUAAUAUUAAUAAUUGUGACUUAGGAGAAGAGUGUAUGGUACUUCCAGAUAACCUUCAGAAUUUGGAGAUAAAGAGGUGUAGAAACAUGAGAAGCAACUUAAAUAAAGCAGCCUUGUUAGAAAAGGCAACCGAGUUGACUCACUGUAGUAUUAGUGAUUGUACAGAUAUAGAGUGCGUGGUUGACUUGAACCUAUCCUCCUAUUCAGUACUAGGUAAGCUGGAAGAGUUGUAUCUUUGCAGAUUGCCUAAAUUGAGUGUACUUGUGAGAGUGAAAGGAGUAGCAAUGCCACCGCACGUCUUUUCCAAUCUUAAAAUGCUUUUGAUUACGGAGUGUUCAGGAAUGGGGAAGUUGCUUCCACUUGAGCUGCUACAGGUUUUCCAAAACUUAGAGCAGAUUUAUGUUUAUGGGUGUGAACAAAUGGAGGAGAUAAUAGCAUCAUCAGAUUCAGAUGCAUCAUCCCAUAAAUUCACUUUUCCCAAGUUAAGGAGAUUGAAGUUGGGUAAUUUACCCCAGUUGAAGAGCAUCUGCAGUGCCAAAGGAGUUAUGGUAUGUGAUUCUAUUGAAGAAAUUACAGUAUGGAAAUGUCGGGAGUUAAAGAGGAUCCCAGUGCAGCUUCCCCUGCUUGAUAAUGGCCAACCAUCUCCUCCUCCUCGUCUGGAAGGAAUUUGGAUAGAUGAAGAGUCAAAAGCAUGGUGGGAAUCAGUGGAAUGGAAGGAAACAAUUUCUGUUGAAUUGAAGGCAAUAGACGAUCAUGAUCCAGAUCUAGUCCAGUUGAGUCCAACCUCUGCUUACCCAAUUUCAUCUGAGAUUCUCGCCAAACUGGAUGCACUUAUUUGUGCUGAUGAUGGUGAAGCAGUUGAAGAAGGGGAUGCUUAUGGUGUUAAUUCUAAGAUAGCUUCUAAUGGUGAAAGGCAACAAGAAAAAGAGUGUGGGAGAGAAGUUAAACCAAUAACCAUGCUUCACACCUUUAGAGAGUACCGCUUUGCAUUAUAUAACUGGUCUUCCAGAGGUGUGCUACAGAUGGCAAAAUCAUCAUUCUUCAAGAAUGUUUAAUUUUAGCAGAAUGAAUUGUCUUCUUCGUCUUCUUCUUCUUCUGGUCAUUUACCACAUUCUAUUGUGCAUUGGAUGGUAGAGGUGUGCUACAGAUGGCAAAAUCAUCAUUCUUCAAGAAUGUUUAAUUUUAGCAGAAUGAUAGCAGAAUGAAGUGUCUUCUUCUUCUUCUUCUUGGUUAUGAUGCAAAUCAUGAUAUCCCUCUUGCUACAGUUACUAGACCCAGUUUUAAGGUUA